CGAUUCUAGUUAUUCUCUUGUUCACAGUCCAACCACAGACACGGCCAUCAUUCCUUUUCCAAACCGUGAGACUUGCGCAUUUCAUGUCCAACGAAAGAGGCCGAAUAGGUCGUGAGAUGGGUACACUCUCCAGCAACAUUAUCUUCUGCGAAUUGCGUAUCGAGAACCUGAGGAACUUGAUCGAAGAGGCUCAGGAUGAUAUCUGGGACUUUGAUAAGUGCAACCGACUCGAACUUGAGAUUGAGUACGCGAUUAACCAUGGCCGUAUACUCACUAUUGGCACGGGCAUCCAUAACCCUACUCCAGCGAAUAAAAAAUCAAUGACUGUCGAGGACUACCGACGAGAGCGGGUCGAGUACGCAAAAAUGUUAGUCGCGCAAGUCUCUCAGGUGUUGCUGCAGAAGAAAAUCUUCUGCGAAAAGCGCAUCCCGGAGCUCAGAAGGAUGAUCGCUGGUGAAGAGCCAUCGGGAGAUCGCGAUGAUUUCAUUAACCAAUUCGACUGCGAAAUUUUGAAUGAGAUGACAGAUGAAAAAGUGAACCUUGACGAGGCUGUUGAACCUGCUACAUCUAGCUCCUGCAAGUCAGGCAAAGAGCUACUUGACCGGGUCUUGCGAUCCCUCGACAAAGACAAGAAGACCUAUACCAGGCUGCAAGGGAAGUUGAAUGCCUUGAAGGAACGAACAUAG